AAAUUACAUCAGCAUAAUAUAAGUGCUGGGGGCUGGGGAGAAGCAAACAAAUUCCUACCUUUUCAAACUACUUAGUUCAACAAUUCCUGUUAACUAAUCCAUGCUCUUGGAAGACAAUUACACUGAGCUCUGACAACAUUGCCAACCCACUGCAGUGUGCCUUAUGCCAAACACCAUUGUUAUAUUAUUGACCAUGUUCACUAUUACAUAUGCAUAUGAAAAAACAGAAGCUUUUUCAUCAGGAUUACCCUAAUAGCAUUAAGAGAUUAUUUUUAAAUUUUCAUUGGAAGAAAAUUCACUUAAAUGAGAUUACUUAUUACUUGACUGGUUUCCUAUCAUGCUGUUAUGUUUAGGUAAGUGGAGUCCAUUAGAAUGUUAUUUUUUUAAAGAAACCUGAUUUUAUACAUUAAUGAUUUCAAAUAAAAGAGAAGUGCUAUAUUUGUGUGCUGGUUCUUUUGAGAAAGUUAAGUCUGAUGCUCUGGUUAGAGGAGAUAACACUUUUUGUCCCUCUUGGUGCCCCCCCUGGUGUCACCAUUAGUUGCUAAUUACUUGCAAACAAAUAAACAAUUAACUCCUCGUGCCUCUUGGUGGGAGAAUCUUCAUUGACAUGCUAAAACUUUCUAAUAAAAGAUUUUAAUUAAUGACUUGGCGAAUCCAACCCCCUUGUCAACAAAGCUAUAAGGAGGAACUGAGAAAGAAAAACCUGAACUAUGGUGCAUUUGGUACCUAGGCUGACAGUACAAGAAUGGCAAGCAGAUCACUCUUUCCUCUUAAUGCAACUUCUCACAACCAUCAGGACAAAUCCAAUCUUGGGGAAAGCAAAAAGGCAUCUUGUUCAUUUUCCAUUGAAAGCAUUUUGGGGUUAGAGCGGAAAAAAGAUGGCACAACUGCUGCAAAGCCACACAGGCCAUGGAUGGAUAAAUGCAAUGAUUUAGGAGAGGAUUGCAACCCUUGUCUGCGUUUUCCUGCCAUUUCCUAUGCAAUCCCAUUGUUUAAUGCGAUCAGCUACCCAGAGGCAGAAGAAAGAGUUCGGAAAUGUGAAAACUAUUUUGCAGUCAAUGAAAAGCUUUCUUACAAAAGGGAAUUGAGUUGGUACAGAGGUAGGAGGCCAAGAACUGCAUUCACUCGAAGCCAGAUUGAAGUACUGGAAAAUGUUUUCAGAAUGAACUCUUAUCCUGGGAUUGAUGUUAGAGAAGAACUAGCUCAAAAAUUAGAUUUAGAUGAAGACAGGAUCCAGAUCUGGUUCCAGAAUCGCCGGGCAAAGCUGAAGAGAUCUCACAGAGAAUCUCAGUUUCUAAUGGUGAAAAACAAAUUAUCUCAAAACAUGAUAAAAUAAUAGAAUCACCCACCCAAUACACUAGUGUAUUGCUGAAGCAUGAUGUGAAGCGUUCAUAAACUGCAAACUGUUAUCAAGGAAUUAUAACGUCACAAAUUUGCUUGGAUGUUAGUCAACUAGUUCUGAAAGAGAAGAAUGAUUUUGCGAAGGAAAAUAAAUGGUGAUCAAAGAUGGGGAACUUGCAGCUCUCCAGAUGUUAUGGGACCCCAACUCCCAUCAGCCUCAGCUAGCAUGGCCAGUGAUCAGGCAUGAUGGGACUUAUAGCCCAACAACAUCUGGAGGGCCACAGGUUCUCUAUCCCUGCUGUAAAUACUAUUGUAGCAUUAUUCCUAUUAAU